GAAGAGGAAGAGGAGGGGGCCGGUGGGGGCUCAUGUUCACGCGCGUGAUUAUGCGGAGCGCAGUUUGUGCAGCAGCGAGCGUCAAAGUGGACUCGAACGACGCCGCGGCACGUCGCAUCCUGCGCGGGGCGCAAGAUGCUUUAAGCGAACGCUCUGCUGGGUCGGACCUGCUCGUUGGCCGGUCCGCGCCACCCGGGCCACCGCGACCACCGCCGGUUCCGAGAGCAUCUGGGCCGGCGACGCGGCUCUUUCCGAAAUGUGACAUUUUGGUCGACGCCGCGCACCGCAUCUCCUUCACGCGCCCAGCAGCAGCCAGCGGAUCUAUUUGCAUCGAUUAGAAAAGAGAUGGCGUUCCCCCUGGCGCUGCUGCUGCUGCUGCUGCUCAGCCACGCGGCUAGCGGCCAAGACCCCGGCGAUUCGGAGGCGCUCCCGCCAGGCUGCGGUUGGGGCCUGGGGCGACCCUACACCCUCCUCUGCGACCUGGACGCCGUUUGGGGCGUGGCCGUGGAGGGCGUGGCCGCAGGCGGCACGCUGGUGGCCGUCCUGCUGGCCUCGGUCCUGCUGUGCCGCCUGCGGCGCAUCGGCGAGGCGGACAAGCGCAGCGGCGCGGGGCCCGUCCUGCUGCUGCUCCUGGGCGUGGUGGGCUUGUUCGGGCUGAGCUUCGCCUACCUGAUCGAGCGGGACGAGUCGCUGUGUCUGCUGCGACGAGCCCUGUGGGGCCUCCUGUUCGCCAUUUGCUUCUCCUGCUUGCUGGUGCAGGGGGUCCGCCUGCGCCGGGUGGGACGGGAGCACCGCAGCCCGGGCGGAUGCGCCUUGACGGGCCUGGCGUUGGGUCUGAGCGCCGUGCAGGGCAUCAUCGCCGCCGAGUGGCUCCUCCUGACCGUGCUGAGGGAGGGCCGGGGCGCCUGCCAGUACCUCCCCAUGGACUUCUCGCUAGCCUGCAGCUACGUGCUAGCCCUGCUGCUAGCCGCCUUGACUGCCGCCGCGCUGGCCCUGUGCGGGAAGACGCGGCAGUGGCGCUGCAACGCCGUCUGGCUGCUGGUCACCUGCCUCCUGUCCCUGCUGCUGUGGGUGGCCUGGGUGGGCUUCUAUCUCUACGGCAACGCCUGGCUGGGGAAGUCGCCGGAAUGGAACGAGCCGGCGCUGGCCGUGGCCCUGGUGGCCCAGGGUUGGCUGCUGCUCAUCUUCCACGCCAUCCCCGAGGCGCACAUGUGCAUGAAGCCGCCGCCGCAGCCCAGCGCCCCGGACUACUUCGACACGUCGCAGAACUCCACGCGGAUGAGGGAGACCAGCUUCGACGAAGACAUCCCGCUCUCUCACAGGCAGUUUGUGGAGAACCAAGGCUACGGAUACAACGACGAGAACACUGCAGGCCUGAGAAGCGGCGGCGGUGGCGGUGGCGGCGGCGGCGGCGGACAACACAACAGCAACACGGGCGCCAGGCCCAGCGCCCCCUUCCGCAGCAACGUCUACCAGCCCACCGAGAUGACCAUGAUCCUGAACGGGGGAGCGGUGCCCUCGGCCCCUCCCACCUACACGGGGAGGCAGCUGUGGUGAGCGGCGCCGGAUCGGACAGACGCGCGAGGGGCGGCGAGCGUACUUCAAAACAAAAAAAAAACAAAAAAAGAAAACUACACGGAUGCCACUUUCACUCUGUACAGAAUGUGUGCCAAGCAAACACUGCGUAUAGAAAGGAGGCCAUGGGGGACAGAGCUAAACGUCUUCAAGCACACCAAUCUCUCGAGAACGCCUUUGUGACCGGCAGACGGCCAAAGAAAAAACACGGCUUCUUCUUCGGCUCGACUGCAGCACUGUAAUCAUCCUUGCAACUGUGAACGUCCUUUAAUUGGCUCUGUCCUCCAUCCGUCCUUGCAGUGUCAACAACAACAAGCCCCCUCCCCUUUCAAGACUGUAUGAUGAUACAUAACCCCCCCCCACACACACAUUUCUUUGCAUGGACACGAGAAGUGACACGGCCACAAAAAAAAGCACCACCUGCACAGCGGCGCUGGAAGCGAGCGUCCCGACCGGCGGCUUGGUUGAAUCUGGGUCAAGCGGCGGGGAAGUUUUAUCGGAAAUGGAGCGAGGACUGCCCAGAUCACGUUUGCAGUGCCAGCUUGGAAGAGGGAGGAGGAGGGAGAGUGCAACUGGGGAAUCUUCCUUCCAUCCAUCAGACAAAAUCGCCGUUCGUGGACGUGAGUGGGAGCGGCCCACCUCCUCCUCCUCCUCCUCUUCCUCGCGUCUGGAGGACGACUCUCGUUUCACCACAGUCUCCUUGUCAACGCUGCUUCUCCUUCAUCCUCUCACCGGCUUGCACUGGAGAAGUUGUGUACAUACUGUACAACUGAUGUGUGUAUAUAUAUAUAUAUAUACAUAUACAUACACAAAAAGCCCAGCUUGCUUGUUUACGUGAUUCUAUUAUGAAUUAACCAUAAGACGUUCCGACCAGUGAUUCCCAACCUUGAUCGAGCCGGGGCGCACCACUUAACAAAAAUGUCCCCACAAGUAUACAAUGUACUGAAAUAAAGAUGAUCUUGUCUUCAUUGGGUCACAAAUAAACCGCUUACCGCUUCAAUUGAACACAAAGCUAUUAAGACAAUUUUUCUACGUAUGUAUGUCCGUAAAACAUGCAGUCGGGGGCAUCGCCUGACAUCUGCGGCAGAAAGGACGACGCAGAAUAAGCUCUUUAUCUUAUUCGGUUGUAUGAACGGCAACAGGUGAACACAGGUGAAUUGGACCUUCUGCCAUCUACUGGAAGAGAAUUUCAUUGUUCUGCCCGUCACUAUACAGCGCUAGCAUAGCGAGCUAAACAAAGAUAAAUGAUUUGGAGUAUAUUAAUGAUAAUUCACACUAAUGUGCUGCAUGCUGAGUGGUUGGGAAUCACUGGUUUAGACAAAUUAUAACAUAAUGUUAAUGUUAUAACUACUAUUUUAACUUUUUUUGUUUCUUUGCAUUCAUGCAUUAGCGUGCUCUUACUGUCUUUUUUUCAAUAUUUCUGAUUACAUUUUUUUAGCAGCAUGGUGUCAAGUCCAGGCAGUGUUUUUUUUUUUUGUUUGUUUUUUUUUGCGCAUCAGAGAAAAAAAAAUGGCUGUGAAUAAUAAUUAGUGGCACUUCAUGCAGUAAGAAAAAAAGCUACUGUUGUGAGUUGAUACCAAAAGCUGAGCGCGGGGCCAGGGGGAGGAAAGCCGCUUAACAGCAGCCAAGCGGCGGCCAUUGUGGUGCCCUCGCAGCGACACCCGAGCGAGAAAAGGCCGCCGUGCUGCGUUUUCGUUUGUUCCAAAACGGGAAACGCUACACGACACGCCCAAACGCCGCUUGCCCGACGUGGGCCACAGGGGGUAAGAUUGGCAACCUGGGGUGGGGUUAGCUUGCGGUACAAGAACAAGUGGUGGGUCAAGAUCAGUGGAUCAAAAAUCUCAUCACCACUCCCACCUUGAGCUUUUUGUGCCACUGGUUAAGAUUUGAAGCAGGGUAGAAAAAAGUUAGUGCGGGCCACAAGAACAGGGGGGGGGGGGUGCUACUGCUAACGCUACAUGAGCGCGACUACUUGGGUGAAUAUACUGUACAACACAGGAGCAAUGGUUCACAUGGUCAGGAACAAUUUAACAGUGGCAACAGGAACAGGGGUUAGUAGAGCGGGCAACAGGAAUAGUUGCAAAAGUGGGACACAAGAUGAAAGAGUUAACGACAUGGGAUACUGGAACAAGGUUGAAAAACAUGGGCCACGGGAGCAAGAAUUAAUUUGGGCAACAGGAACAAGGGUUUACAUGGACAACAUGGACAGGGUUUAACAUCAGCAACGGGAACAGGGUUCAACAACAUGGGCGUAAGGCACAAGCGUUAACAUGGGCAACGCGAACACACAGGAACAAUGUCAUGGGCUACAGGAACAACAAUUAAGACCGCCUACAGGAACAGGGAUUAACAGGGGCUAGGAAGGAAGGGGUUAACAUGGUCAGGAACCGUGGCAGACGGGCAAUGGGAUCGUGGGCAACGGGAACAAGGAUUGACAACAUGGGCUACAGGAAAGAGCGGUGAACAUGAUCAGGAACCUUGUUUAACUCAUUCACUGCCAGCAGUUUUAGGCUGAUCUGAUCUUUUCAAAACCGACACUAACUUGUCUUCUGCACCAGAAGAGUUGUCUCUCAUUCACCAGAAAAAAAGUUUGUUUCUAGCUUUUCCUUUCUUAAGUAAUCGGCAGUAGAACACGGGUCGGUUUCACCCAAAACACCGCUUUCCGACCCAAGUGGAGAAAACGACCUCACAAACUUCAUGUCUGAUCAAAAUACAUUCAUCAACAGGGAGGGGGGACGGUUUCAGUGCCCAUCCAAACCCGUUUGGAUGCCAUUUUGAUGGCUGGGCCUGGCGCCCCCUCCUCCUUUCCACGCAACUGAGACCAUACAUAUCCAGACUCUGUUCAAGUUUGAGGUUUCUUAACAUGUCCCCCGUCAUAACUGACGUAAAAAAACUGAGGUUGACCUCAUAAUCUUGAUCUUUUAAUCAAAAGCGGUGCUGAUCUCAAAAGCAAAGCAAAUGCAACACCGCCAUCUACAGGGAUCUCUCAGUCAUUACAGGGGUCCACAAACCUGAAUUUCACAGACAAGCUAGGCGAGACCCUCUUCCACGCCUAGCCGUUGAAAAAUGUACGUGAUGAAUACCUACGUCGGCGACGGUACGCGCUUGGUUUCCGGUCGCCGAAUAUAAACGUCCACGGCAGUGAACGAGUUAACGGGAACAAGGGUUAACUACAAGGUGUAGCGGAACAAGGGUCAACACGGGUCACAGGAGCAUUAACAUGAGCACGGGUGAGUGACUGCAACAACGUUUCGGAGGGUCCGCAGCACACGAUGAAACUUAAGUCUCAGCGUUUUCAACACUUGUGAUGUUUUCACUCAAUGUCAAGCAUUUAAAAAAAAAAAAAGAAAGAAAAAGAAAUAACAACAUGUGACUUUGUAGAUUUUGCACUGUCCUACAGUAUGUGUGCAUGCUCUGCACCAUUUGUAUAAGACCUUUCUCUCAGAUGUACUUUUGAAUACUAACUAUUUAUGUGCAGGUCAUGUGACAACAAUCAUAAUUUCAGUGUACAUCGGAUGAGGCGUUCAGUGUCUGUCAACGGAAGCGGAUUUUUAAGCUUCAAGUCAGAAGGGGAAUGGGUUUUCAAAACGAAAAUGUCAUCGCUCGACCCGAAAAAGACUUUGAAAGGGGGUACGGACUCUUCCAACUGAUAUAUCAUCUUUGUCUAAUUAUGUGGUGAAUUUGCACAACAUUUCUCUGUUAAGUGGAGGUGGGCGGGGUCAGGGUGGUUUUGGGUCGGGGGUGGGGGUCGAGCUCACUUAUCCUCCCCCGAGUUUGACUCGUCCUUGUCCCGUCUCGAUGUGCGUCGCCUUCAGACCGUUCCGUCGGGACCGCUGACGGGGGGUGGUGUUGGUUUUCACAGCUGUGACCGUGCACUGAGGCGGCAUGCCCAUGUCGAGCUUCAGUCCUCCUCCCCCCCACCACUACAACAAUUAAAAUAUCAUGAUUACAAACAAAAAGAAACACUUCACUCUUUGUGUCACUAAUUCAGGAAAAACAUUCAAUAAAAGUGUAAUGUUUAGGUA